GCACUCCGGGCGAAAGAGCAAGAACUCGAGGCUGAGCUCCGGACGCGGUUGUACCAGGACUCGGACUUGCUGCCGGUGCUGCGCUGGGCGGCCAGCGAGUUGGUUCAAGCUUUUCAAGAUGUGGGCGGCGAGGCCAGUGUGGGGCCUUGCCAAGUACAAGGGCUACAAGCUGAGCCUGUGGCAGCAGGCCCGGCGCAGGUGGCAGCGACGGUGGCCUCUGCCGUGCCGGCGCAGACGCUUCCGGCGCCCACCCGAGCUCAACGGGCCUCUGUGGAGGUUCCCCCUUUGCCGGCUUGCUUGGCCCACCGUGUCGCCACGGUAGAAGGCUCAACGACGAUCCCGGUGGCCAUCGCGGGGGCGGCCAGCGCCACGCAGUCGGCCUCGGCCACGCCUCCCGGAAGCGGAAGCCGAGCUGCACGUACACCCCCUUCUUCGCACCGAGGGUCCGUGGGGCUUCCAGGUGAGCAGUCGACCGAGCAAAGGUGGACGACUCCUGUGAGACGACUGGAUGCGUCCUUGCCGGCAGAGGACUAUUGCUCCUUUUGCGGAGCCUCUCUCCCCAGUGAUGCACUUUACUGUGGCCAUUGUGGGCGCAAGGGUGAUGCUGCAGCUCUCCAGACCAUGCCAGCAAGACCUUCUACGCAGGCUCACACGCCUCCGCCUCGGCCAGGUGCCGAGCGAAGUUCCUUCGACCUUAGAAUGCGGGUGACCACUUGGGGGGUGAACCCUUAA